UAGUAGGUCAAUGGGUCGACUCACCAGUCAAUAUUUGGGUGGUUAACUGUUAUCUCAAGUUGUACAGAACUACAGAUAGAAGUCAGUAGUGACUAGAGGUAGAUAGAAAGUAAAGUUAGUGUUUUUUGAAAUAAAACCCCGAACACCCCAUUUUCCCUCUUUAACGGAUCUCUCUGGUCAGCUUCUAACAUACAUGGGAGUGAAGAACUUAUGGGACAUCUUAGAAUCAUGCAAGAAGACCCUGCCGCUUCACCAUCUCCAGAACAAAAGGGUUUGUAUAGAUCUGUCUUGUUGGAUGGUUCAACUCCAAAAUGUAAACAAAACACACUGCGGAUUGGUUAAAGACAAGUCUUAUAUUAGGAAUCUGUUUCAUCGCCUACGAGCUCUCAUUGCUUUGAAUUGCAGCCUUAUUUUUGUUGCUGAUGGAUCAAUCCCUGCUAUCAAAUUAGCCACUUACCGUCGGCGCUUGAAUUUAGGACUUGAGGUUACCCAAGAUGAAACAAAUUCACAAAAAGCAUGCUCACUUCGGAGAAACAUGGGAUCAGAGUUCUCAUGCAUGAUCAAAGAAGCAAAAGAUAUUGGAUUAGCACUUGGGAUCCCUUGCUUAGAUAGCAUUGAGGAAGCUGAAGCACAGUGUGCAUUGUUAAACUCAGAAUCAUUGUGUGAUGGUUGUUUCAGCUCAGAUUCAGAUGUCUUCCUUUUUGGUGCAAGAACCGUGUACAGAGACAUGUGCCUUGGAGAAGGACAUGUUGUUUGUUAUGAAAUGGAAGAAGUAGAAAGAAAACUUGGGUUUGGGAGGAACUCGUUGAUCACGCUAGCCCUUAUACUUGGAAGUGAUUACUCUCCAGGAGUGCAUGGCCUAGGUCCAGAGUCAGCAUGCCAGAUUGUCAAGUCAAUUGGAGAUAGCAAUGUCCUUCAAAAAAUUGCAUCAGAGGGACUGCCCUUUGCAAAGAAGAUAAAAAAUUCAAAGAAGCAGAUGCGCAGUAAAAAAACAAACUCUCUGGAUUCUGAAAUCCAUUUUAAUGGAAGCGAUAACAAUUCAGAAAGGAAGAAUGAGUGCUUGCAAGUGAUUGAUGCAUAUCUGAAGCCCAAGUGCCACCCAGCAGAUUCUGAUGCAGUCUGUAGGGUUCUUUCUCAGCAUCCAUUUCAACGUCUCAAACUUCAAGGGAUAUGUGCUCAGUUCUUUGGGUGGCCUCCAGAGAAAACAGAUGAGUACACCCUUCCAAAAAUUGCUGAAAGAGACUUGCGGAGAUUUGCCAAUCUGCGAUCAACUUCAUCAGAGUUAGGAGUUAAUCUUCCUCUUCAAAAGAUACCAGUUAAGUGCCCUGUAUCUGGAGUUGUUAAACAGAGAAAGGUUCAGGGAACAGAAUGCUUUGAGGUGUUGUGGGAAGGGUUUGAUGGACUUAAAACCUCCAUAGUUCCAGCAGAUCUCGUAGAGAGUGCUUGUCCGGAAAAGAUUGCAGAGUUUGAGGAGAAAACAGCUUUGGGAAAGAAACAAAAUCAACGCAAACCUGGAUCAAAGAAAUCAGGAAACAGGCUUGCUAUGGCCGAAAUUGAUUUAAAACUCCAAACUUUGUUGCUUGACAUUGAAUCAGGAAGCAAUACUGCCUGUAGCACCUCCUUGUCAUCAAAAGCAGCAAUUUCAGAAGAUAGGACUACUUCAACUGCGGCUAGUCAUACAAAACUAGAUCCACGUAGUGCUGGUUGUAGAGCUGCUUUGUUUACUGAUACCAGUCAGUAUGAGGUCAUUGAUCUCUGUAGCCCCUCUCCCGUAGCCCGAACUCGUACUGUUUCAAGAUGUCAACGAGUGAAUGAUCAACAUAGUGAGGUGAUAGAUUUGAGUGAAUCAGAGAAUGAAUUGUCACCUGAACAUGCAAUGAAGGCAAGAGCGCUUAGACUGUUUAUAGCCAGUAUUAGGGAUGAUAUGUCAUGAAGACCAUGAGGGAAAUUUAUCAUGUAAUGAGGUGAUUCUGUUGUGCAUUUAAAUUGGUAAUGGCAGUGCAUCUUCUUCCA